GCAGAAGCCCGGAUAAUCUUCCAACAAACACACCUUCACUCUGAUUUAAAACCCUUUUCUUAGAUUUUGCUUCUUCCACUCUUGUUGGCUAGCAUAUUUCAUCAUCAGCUUCUUUAACUCCACUCUUUUCUUCUAAUCCUUAGAAAAGUGGAUUUUGAAAAACCCAAAAUCACAGUAAUAGUUCAUAGAGUUUUGCAGGCUUACAGUUAUGGGUGGAGAUACUACAUCCCCUCAUUCUCCUAUCAUCCAUUCCACUGAAGAAUCAUCUCUUGAUGAGAACUUCCCUAAUAACCCGCUAAGCUCGCUCAGUGGUAGUGAUCGUUUUGGCACAAAAGUAGAGAAUAUUUCUGUGGAUUCGGAGGAAUUCGUUAGAGCUUCUUCAGAUAUAAUUGAUGAGAUGAAUAAAAAGCAGAUAAGGAAUGUAUAUAUGGAUGUUCUCAAGAGCUAUGAGGAACUGCAGUUCCAUAAGGACCAUUUGGAGGAAGCCAAAAAUAAAAUCUUGAGCUACACCCCUGGAUCGUGGAUUGAGGAGGUGGGUGGAAUGAAAGCGAGUGAUUACAAUAUACCAAAAAAGACGACACUUUUGUUGAUUGGUCCAAGAGGAUCUGGUAAAAGCAGUCUUGUAAACAAGAUCUCCAGAGUGUUUGAUGAUGAUCCUUUUACACCAGAAAGAGCUCAAGUAUCGUAUUCUUCUGAUGGAGAUGGGACAUAUUUCCUCCAUGAGUACACGAUGCCAAAAGGUUCAAGUUCUUUCUGUUUGUAUGACACACGUGGUCUGUCGGAUGAUUUGAAUGAAAAUAUUAAAAUUGUGGACCGCUGGAUGAAAAAGGGGGUUCGUCAUGGGAAGCUAAUAACCAGGGAUUCUGAUGAUGCAAAUCCGAAGUCUAAAGUUCGCCGAAAUAGAUACUGUGCCAGUGAGACCAAUGUGGUUAAUUGUGUCAUAUUUGUUGUCAGUGCGGUCCAAAUUCUACAAUCGAUGGACAGCGAUGAUGAAACAAAAAGGCAACAAACUCGAGCUGUUGCUUCAAAUUUCAACUACCCUCUCUUGUCAUUCAAAGAUGAAAAACCUAUUGUUGUGCUCACACAUGGUGAUUUACUUUCACUUUCGGAUCGUACGCGCAUCCGCAUGCAUUUGGGACAGCUGCUGGGUAUUCAUCCCAAGAAACAAAUUUUUGAUAUCCCAGAAAGUGAUGAUUUUGCAACUAGGUUGACUAUACUCAACAUGCUGCGCCAUUGUCUUGAGCGUGCUGAUAAAAACCUACCCUUCAAAAAAGACCUACCUUUCAAAAGCCCAUAUAGAUGCAAGGGGGCCUUGCAGAUGCUUGCAGUACGUCUUCUAUUGGCAUAUGCGUUUCUAGCAAUACUUUUCGGAAUGGGGAUGAUGUUCAAGAAUACUCUCAAAGCCAAAGUUGCCUCAAUUCCCGAUUCACAGGUAUCACAAUCACAUAUGGACAUAGAUUGGCAUGCAAAUACCGUUGAUUCUGCACCCAAUCUUCAGCCUGAGGCAAUGCAACCACAUGUAGAAGUAGAGUGUCAUGCAAGUGAGGUUGAUUCUGUUCCCAAUAUUCACCCUGAGGCCCCCCAAUCAGAUGAAAACUUAGAUUGUCGUGCAAGUGAGGUUGAUACUGUGUGCGAUCUUCACCCUGAGGCCCACCAAUCAGAUGAGAACUUAGAUUGUCAUGCAAGUGAGGUUGAUUCUGUUCGCGAUCUUCACCCUGAGGUCCCGGAGUCAGAUGAUAGCUUAGAUUGGGGUGCAAUCCGACACUUAUGGUCUGACUAAGUUUAUUGGUGAGCUCCUACAUAUAGAGGUUGACGCAUACUUUCUCUGUAUAAACGGCAUUAGCUGUCUUACUUUCCCUGUAUAUAACAAUUUUCAGCAAUAAUUCUCUUGGAAAAGAGUGACAGCUCUUUAGGAACUCUUUGCAUACAAGCGUUGAACUGGACUCUUUUACUACUGUUGCUGUUGCAUAAGUGACUAUUUAGCAUCAA